AUGUCCAUGACCGUCGAAGACUGCAGAAGGGUCCGGCCCGGCUUCCCGCGGCCGGUUCCCGACACGCCGGAGAACGUGCUGCAGCAGUUCCAGAUGAAGGGCAAAGUCGUCGUCGUCACUGGCGCGGCGGACGGGAUCGGGCUCGCUGUUGCGGAGGGCAUGGCCGAGGCGGGCGCGGAUGUGGCGAUGUGGUAUAACUCGAACAAUGCGGCGGUGGAGAGGGCGAGGGGGCUUGAGGAGAUGCACAAAAUCAGGGCUGUUGCGUAUCAGGUUGACGUUUCGAAGGCGGAGCAGGUGAAGAGCUGUAUUGAGAGGGUUGUGGGGGACUUUGGAAGGAUUGAUGUAUUUGUUGCGAAUGCGGGGAUGGCGAUUUCGAAGCCGAUUCUGGAGCAGACGUUGGAGGAGUAUCAGAAGCAGAUGUCUGUCAACGUGGACGGAGUCGUCUUCUGCUCCAAGUACAUCGGCGAGGUCUUCAAGUCCCAGGGCCGCGGCAACCUCAUCAUCACGUCGAGCAUGAGCGCGCACAUUGUCAACGUGCCGGUGGACCAGCCCGUGUACAACGCGACAAAGGCCUUUGUGACGCACUUUGGCAAGUCGCUCGCGCGGGAGUGGCGCGAGUUUGCGCGGGUCAAUGUCGUCUCGCCGGGCUUCUUCGACACCAGGAUGGGCGCGGGGGAGCUUGUUGUCAAUGAGGCGUAUCGGAUGGCGGCGCUGGGGAGGCAGGGGCAUGUGAAAGAGAUCAAGGGGGUGUAUUUGUAUCUGGGGAGCGAGGCGUCGAGUUUUGUGACGGGGAGUGAUGUCUUGAUUGAUGGGGGGUAUGUGCUUCCUUGA